CUAUGCCCGCCCAUUUCAUUCGCGUUCUUUGGCAUUUCAGUUCGCUACCAUGUCAGGUCGUGGAAAAGGCGGCAAGGGGCUUGGGAAAGGUGGUGCAAAACGUCAUCGCAAAGUCCUGAGAGACAACAUUCAAGGAAUCACAAAGCCAGCUAUUCGCCGUCUCGCGCGCCGUGGUGGUGUGAAGCGUAUUUCUGGUCUGAUCUAUGAAGAGACACGAGGCGUACUAAAAGUGUUUCUUGAAAAUGUUAUUCGCGAUGCUGUAACCUACACCGAACAUGCUAAGCGCAAGACUGUGACCGCUAUGGACGUAGUGUACGCUCUGAAGCGUCAAGGCCGUACUCUGUAUGGCUUUGGCGGUUAAAUUUCACCUGGACCGGAUUUCAAAAAAGGCUCUUUUAAGAGCCGCCCAAACAUUCGAUCAAAAGAGCAAAUUAAUCUGUCUUUAAUGCAUUCUUUGUUUUCCUUUAAGUUCUUCAUCAAACUUUGUAGUGUUUUGAUAAGUUUUAUAUUGUUCAUAUUUUAAAAUGGCACAAAAAAAGAAGCUGCUUGUGGUAUAAGUAAUUACAUUAAUAAACAGUAGGCUGCUACUUUUAACAACAUAAA